GUCGCUGGAAUUGUGGGUCGUAGAAUCGUGAAAACAGGGAACACAUGUACGCACGUAUUUUUUGUUGAUUUUUUUUAACAAAACAGAAGACGAAUAUGCCUUCCAAUAAAAACUUUAGAAGGAAGAGAGAUGAUUCUGACGACGAGGAGGACGAGGAGACAACAACAGAAGUCAGAUCUAAACUUGAUGAAGCAAAGGAAAUUCAGAGUCUUAGAAAAAGACAGAGUGGCGUGAGCAUUACAGCCUUACUGGUGGGUGAAAAAUUGCCACCUGAAUCGGAGAUCGAGGAUGAUCCCUUUAAAUUGAAGACAGGGGGAGUUGUGGAUAUGAAGAAAAUCAAAGACAGGAACAGAGACAUGACGGAAGACGAGACCGAUUUGAAUCUGGGAACGUCAUUCUCAGCAGAGACAAAUCGUCGUGAUGAAGAUGCUGACAUGAUGAAGUACAUUGAGACAGAACUUAAGAAGAAGAAGGGACUGGUAGAGGCAGAGGAGCAAAAGGUGAAGGCGAAGAACGCAGAGGAUCUUCUGUAUGAGUUGCCAGAGAAUAUCCGAGUCUCAUCCGCCAAGAAAACAGAAGAAAUGCUUUCCAACCAGAUGCUGAGUGGCAUUCCGGAAGUCGACCUUGGAAUUGAUGCCAAGAUAAAGAACAUCAUUAGCACCGAAGACGCCAAGGCCAAGCUCAUAGCGGAGCAACGCAACAAGAAGAAGGACAGCAGCACUUCCUUUGUACCUACAAACAUAGCAGUGAACUAUGUUCAACACAAUCGCUUCUACCAUGAAGAUGUGAAUGCACCAGCAAAAAGACACAGAGAGGAGCCCAAAGCUCGGCCACUUCGAGUGGGGGACACUGAGAAACCUGAACCAGAAAAAACGCCUCCUAAUCGCAAGAGACCAGCCAAUGAGAAGGCCACAGACGACUACCAUUAUGAGAAGUUUAAAAAGAUGAACAGGAGAUAUUGAACUGACUUGUCUGAGGAUAUCUAUGACUGUCCAGGUCUUUUUCCAAUUUCCUAUAACAUUGUACUGCAUUAAAAUAUCUCUUUGUUAUUAUAGGUCUUUGUAAGUUUUUUCAUUAAAGCCAUAAAGCAAGAAAUGGGUAUUUAAAAUCAAACAGUAAUGAUGACAAAAUUAAGAAAACGAGUUCAGGUUUUAAAGAGAUCUUGCAAAAUGAAGGUGAAGUGUUUCACACGUUUAAAAUUUAACACUUGUUCCUUUUUGUAAUGGUGACAAAUCUCUCAAUUUGUUAGCAUUUGAAAAAGUGCAGCUAACAAUUUUUAUUACACAAAACUGCUGUGUAAAUAAUUUACCAGGCUUUUGUUUUUGUUGCAAAAGGGCAAAAUUUGUAUUUUGAGCAGAGGUGGCAU